AGCUUUGUGUGUUCAUCUUGUUUACUUCCCAGAUUUCUAAUAGUGGUAUCAAGAGCCAGUGAGCGUGCUUCAAUUGUGAGUUUGCGAUGGCUUCAGAGAAUUUUGUUCAACCUAACAUUCCCCGCUUUGAUGGUCAUUAUGACCAUUGGAGCAUGUUGAUGGAAAACUUUUUGAGGUCCAAAGAGUUUUGGACAGUCGUUGGUGGUGGGUUUCAAGAACUUGCGGCUGAUGCUGUUUAACAAAUGCUCAAAAGACAGAGCUUGAAGCACAGAAGUUGAAAGACUUGAAGGCAAAGAAUUAUCUUUUCCAAGCCAUUGAUCGUUCAAUAUUGGAAACAAUUCUUUGCAAGGAUACGUCAAAGCAAAUUUGGGACUCCAUGAAGAAGAAGUACCGGGGAAAUGCAAGGGCAAAGCAAGCACAACUUCAAACUCUAUGAGGUGAGUUUGAGACCUUGCGUAUGAAGCCGGGAGAGUCGGUGUCGGUGUACUUCUCACGCACUAUGGCGAUUGCGAACAAGAUGCGGAUUCAUGGAGAGAGGCUGGAAGACGUCACCAUUGUUGAGAAGAUCUUACGGUCCAUGUUGCCAAAAUUUAAUUUUGUUAUCUGCUCAAUUGAAGAGUCGAAAGAUCUGGAUACUCUUUCACUUGAUGAACUAAAAAAUUCUUUGAUGGUUCAUGAGCAGAAACUUGUUCAGCGGGAUGCAGAAGAGCAAGCAUUGCAAGUAGCAACUACCUCCAAAGAUUUUGGGCGUAGAAAGAGCAAGUGGAAGGGAAGAAACUCAGACAAAGCUGAAGAGGGAAAUCAAAAAAAGAAUGGUCAGCAUGGUCGUGAUCAACGACACUUGUCCAAUGGGAAGGCGAGUGUCACACCCCACCCUUGGUAAGGCAUUAUUGGCACCCGGCACCUUACAGGAACCGAGAGAACCAACUUAUAACUUACAUCCUUCGUGUCU